CAGGCACAGCCAUUCAAGAUGCACUCAGGUGUCCUGGCUGCCUUCCUCUUCUUGAGCUGGACUCCUUGUUGGUCCCUGCCCCUUCCCAAUGAUGAGGAUGACGACGAUCGGUCUGAGGAAGACUUCCAAUAUGCAGAGCGCUACCUCAGAUCAUACUACCAUCCCCUGAACCCCGCUGGCAUCCUGAAGAAGACCGCAGCAAGCUCCAUGGUUGACAGGCUUCGAGAAAUGCAGUCUUUUUUUGGCUUGGAGGUGACUGGCAAACUUGACGAUAAGACCUUAGACAUCAUGAAAAAACCAAGAUGUGGGGUCCCUGAUGUGGGUGAAUACAAUGUUUUCCCUAGAACUCUCAAAUGGUCCAAAAUGAACUUAACCUACAGAAUUGUGAAUUAUACCCCUGACAUGACUCAUUCUGAAGUGGAAAAGGCAUUCAAAAAAGCCUUCAAAGUUUGGUCUGAUGUGACACCUCUGAAUUUUACCAGACUUCACAAUGGCACUGCUGAUAUCAUGAUCUCUUUUGGAACUAAAGAGCAUGGUGACUUCUACCCUUUUGAUGGCCCCUCUGGUCUGCUGGCUCAUGCUUUUCCUCCUGGGCCAAAUUACGGAGGAGAUGCCCAUUUUGAUGAUGAUGAAACUUGGACAAGUAGUUCCAAAGGCUACAACUUGUUUCUUGUUGCUGCCCAUGAGUUUGGCCACUCCUUAGGUCUCGACCACUCCAAGGACCCAGGAGCACUCAUGUUUCCUGUCUAUACCUACACUGGCAAAAAGCUCGUGCUUCCUGAUGACGAUACGCAAGGGAUCCAGUCUCUCUAUGGUCCAGGAGAUGAAGACCCCAACCCGAAACACCCCAAAACCCCGGACAAAUGUGAUCCCUCCUUAUCCCUCGAUGCCAUUACCAGUCUCCGAGGAGAAACAAUCAUCUUUAAAGACAGAUUCUUCUGGCGCCUGCAUCCUCAGCAGGUUGAUGCUGAGCUGUUUCUAACAAAAUCCUUUUGGCCAGAACUUCCCAACCGUAUUGAUGCUGCAUAUGAGCAUCCCUCCCAUGACCUUAUCUUCAUCUUUAGAGGUAAGCUUUCCACUAGCUAG